AUGACCCAUAACAAAGCCAUCAAUGUAGCUGCCUUUGUAGCUGACUACCUGGGCAGAGUUGGCCGAGCAGACUCCGGAGGCAUCUCCGUGGGUGGCAUGAUCACCCAAAUAGCUGAGCAUUUCGGGUAUCAAGUUGUGUUGCUCGAAGACACGCCAAUUGCAGGUAAAACCAAAAUUGACAUGUCCGCUCUAAUUCAACAAGGUAUGAUUGUUGUUGCUCCUACUUACUAUUAUGUGCUUAUCCAUAAGAGGUUUAUUAUAGCUCUGCCGGAUCCGGACAGAGUUGCUAUCACUGACUGUGUCAAUCGGUUGUAUGUAAGCGCUGACCCCGAUGUGGAGGAAGGCCACGACACUGACCAUUUUGCUGCAUGUGAGCAUUUUAUAGAUGACCAGGAAAAGGAACAUAAUGGAGAAAAUGCCUUUGCUGAUUCAUUAGAAGCAUUUGGAGGUGGCUACGACGACCCUGUUAGUGUAUCAGUUGGAGGACCCGUCAUAUCUAAGUUUAUCACUGCACUAUGUGAAUUAGCUACUUUUAAAGAGCUUCUUCGCUCACAGGUAGAGCGUGUAUUGAUUGACCGGUUGUCAGAGUUUAUAAAUAUUGAUAUGCAAAAUGCAAAGGAAUCUCGUCGUCGUUUUGACAAAUCUAUGCAAUCGUAUGAUCAGUCACGAGAAAAGUUUGUUUCUUUGAAGAAGAAUGCUCAUGAAGAUAUUGUUGCUGAAUUAGAAGAGGGUCUACAAAAUUCAAAGUCAUCAUUUGAGAAAAGCCGCUUCAAUCUAGUACACUCUCUCAUGAAUAUUGAAGUGAAAAAGAAGUACGAGUUCUUGGAGUCAAUAAGUGCAAUAAUGGAUGCUCAUCUGAGAUACUUUAAACUGGGUUAUGACUUACUGAGCCAAAUGGAGCCUUAUAUUCACCAAGUGUUACGGAUGCAGAAGUGGCUUGGUAGCUAUUAAAUAAGACACCAGAAA